AGAUCAUCCCGGGGCAUUGCGGCAGGACCGUGAAAUCCCCGAGGCGACAGGAGAGGCCAGCUCCCUGGGUGAAGGGGAGGGCAGGGCAGUUCUAGGGUCUCCUUUGUGGACCCCCCGGCACAAGGCAGAUGCCACUUCAACAGUCCUCACUCUACACACCUGGACUCUGGGGGCUCGGGGGGGCCCCUGUGUGCUGAGGUCGUCCCAGGAAGGAAGCACAGCUCAACAUCCCCCUGGAGCUCAUGGGGGCUGUGCCUGCCUGCCCCCCUACGUGCCGUCCUCCACAGCCCGGGGAGACCCCAGACCUGUGUCCUGGGCCUGGGGUGACAAGGCAAGAGAAGGCCAGCAGUCCCACACUUGUGUUCCACAGUGCACCUGUGUGGUCUGAGACCCCGACCCGCCUCAGCAGUGUGAACACACACCUGGGAAGGGGUACCCCCCAGUCCUGGCGGACCGGGAAGAGGACAGAUGCCGGUUGCCCCAACUUCCCUCCCAGCUGGCCCCCGCUGAGAUCACCCUGCCAAAGCAUGUCCCAGGGGUUCUGCCCAAGGAGCAGGGGGUGGCUAGUGCUGCUGUCUGAGCAGCCCUCCCCCAGCGCAGACGUGGGGUCCCAGGAUCUCGAAGGUUCAACAGGGGGCACAGGGAGGCCCUCGUCCUCCAAGCCCAUGGCACAGAGCUGACCCAAGGGCUGCCAGAGGGGACCACGGUGGUUGGGAUGGGUGGGGGGGGCCUGUGCCCGCACGGGGAGGUGGACAGGGAGCCGCGGAGCGGGGUCCGGCCACGCGCAGGUCUGGGUCUCUGCGCGGCCCUGCGACCCCAGCGCUGACGCCCGCCUCCACUGCAGGUUCCCAGAUGGAGGUGGCCCCUGAGUGCGUGCAGCGGGGCGGCCGGCCGGUGCUGGUCCGCCGGCGGUCCCCAGCGCCCCUGGGCCUGUGUGAGAUGCUCAAAGCCAGGCUGUGGUGGAGGUGCGCGUGCAGCCCGCAGAGCGCCUGGACGCUGGUGCAGGACCUGCUCCCCGCCACACGCUGGCUGUGCCAGUACCAGCCACGGGAGGCCCUGGCGGGCGAUGUCAUGUCCGGGCUGGUCAUCGGCAUCAUCCUGGUGCCCCAGGCCAUCGCCUACUCACUGCUGGCGGGACUACAGCCCAUCUACAGUCUGUACACGUCCUUCUUCGCGAACCUCAUCUACUUCCUCAUGGGCACCUCUCACCACGUGUCCGUGGGGAUCUUCAGCCUGCUCUGCCUCAUGGUGGGCCAGGUGGUGGACCGCGAGCUCCUGCUGGCCGGCUUCGGCCCCGCCCAGGGCGGCGCAGGGCCCGGGGACAACAGCAGCAGGGUCAACGCCUCAGCCGCCGCCGUGGGGCCCGGGCCACAGGACUGCAAGCAGGACUGCUACGCCAUCCGCGUCGCCGCUGCCCUCACGCUGGUAGCCGGCAUUUACCAGGUGAGGGGCCGACCGGCUGGGGUUCUGCCGAGCGAGGCGCAGGCCCCUCGGGCGCUCACCGCCCACUCAGAAGGGCCAGGCCCAGGGCAGUGCGGGCUCAGGGCCUCAGAGGACGGCGGGUUUAACCAGCAAGGAUGGGACAGAGCAGGCUGA